AUGACCAUCAUGACGGCUACACCGUGUCUGCUCACUUCUCUUCUCCCCUUCUUUUCCCCUCUUCUCUCGCCAUACCACCCCGUCCUCACCCGACCUUCGGCCUUGACACCACCGACACGGCUUUUCUUCUCUUUAUGCAGGGAUAGUGGGUGUAGUGGUAAUUGGGAAAGUUUGUGUGUUUUUAUGUUUUUGCGUGUAUAG